AUAGAUACAUACAUAUCUCGUGCCAUACCGACAUCCAAAACGAAAACCUCCACCACGAUCUAACCAUAAUUCACAACUCACUCACUCUUGUAAUCAUCAAUCCACUUCAAUUGCCGAUUCUGAAACCCGAUAACAAUUGAUUUUAAUUCUCGACCAGGUUAGGGUUUGCAGAAAGAAGAUAUUAGUUGUGGAGAUGACGGAGGUGAUCCUCCACAUAUACGAUGUGACCAACAGUGAUUCCGAGAAGACUAACAACACCAUUGUUCAGAUCAACAAGAUUUUCAAAGACGGUAUUGGCCUCGGUGGCAUCUUCCACAGUGCCGUACAGGUUUAUGGAGAAGAUGAAUGGUCAUUCGGGUUUUGUGAAGAGGGAAGUGGAGUUUUUAACUGCCCGUUUGGAAGAAAUCCUAUGUACACGUAUCGAGAGUCGAUUGUUCUUGGGAACACAUACCUUACUAAAUCCAAGGUGAAUCAGAUCCUCAGGGAACUAAGUAGAGAAUGGCCCGGUGACUGUUACGACUUGCUUUCGAAGAACUGCAAUCACUUCUGUGAUGAGUUUUGUGAAAGACUCGGUGUCCCCAAACUUCCAGGCUGGGUGAAUAGGUUUGCUAAUGCUGGUGACACUGCUGUCGAGAUAGCUGGAACAACUGCUUAUCGGUUCAGACAAGCUAAAACGGAGAUUGUGACCGCUAGCAAAGUGGCAUAUCAGUUCCUUGCCGGGAUUGCUUCAAACACCGCUGCAGCGGUGGCUCCAGAUUCCCCUAGCGGCGGCUCAAGUAAAGGCGGCACCGCCAGCCCCGGUUUUCAACAACCUGCUUGGUUUAAAAACCUUGUGGCUGCUGGUGCAAAACCAUCAAGUAGUGGUGCAGUUGAUAAUGGAGAUGAGGACAUUACUCACAAUUUGUCGGCUGACAUACCGCGAUGAGCUAGAUGCUCGGAAUCUAAAGCUGUUAUGUAAAACCUUUGUUGUUUCGUAGACUGUUAUUAGAUGGUUUGUUAUAUCUGACAUUUUGUAGCCUCAUAUUUGUUUUUCUUUUAUACUGUAUCUAGAUCUUAUGUGGGUUAUAUCA